AUGAAAUUUAAAUUUAUAAAUACUCAUAUCAAUACCCAAACCAUUUUUGGGUUAUCGUCUUUUUUACUUCGACACCAAUUAGGUGGUAGAAUUUCUAUCGGAUUGUCUCGAUAUUGUUCGAUUACAACGUUAUCACAACAUACAAAUAAAUUCUUUCGUUCUCCAACAAUAUCUUAUCUUACAAACCAUCCGCGUAUCUUUAAAACCUCUUUGACAAGUUUUAAAAAUCCAUUCUAUGGAAGGUCCUUGAAACAUUUUCAUCUAUUCAAGAACUAUGGUUCAGAAGAUCUUAUGAUUCAUUACAUAAUUGCUUCCAAUAUACUAGUUUUUCUUUCUUGGAGACUAGCCGAAAUGAAUGCUGUUGAAUACAGGAAUCCUACUUACUUGAAUUUCCUAUCAAGAAAUUUUGUUGUCAGUAUUGAGAAUGUGAAAGAUGGGAGGUGGUGGAGUGUUAUAACUUGCGCUUUUAGUCAUAAAGAUUUGGAUCAUUUGAUUGUGAAUAUGUUUGUUUUGUGGGGGUUUGGUAAACAGAUUCUUGAAAUGUUGGGUAGAAGACAAUUCUUGUUCAUUUAUUUUGGGUCCGCUUUAUCAGCUUCCCUAAGUUAUCUAUUACAUACUGCUUACACUCGUAAAAGAAAAUCAUCCGCGUCUCAUAAUGAAAAAGUUUAUAGAAGACAUUAUAUUGGAAGCAUGGGCGCUUCAGGAAGCUUAAUGGCAUUAUCAACAAUAUUCGCAUGUACAUUUCCAAAUGCAACAUUUCUUGUAUUUUUUGUAAUUCCAGCGCCUGCAAUUAUGGUUGUAGGUUUAUACGCUCUUUAUGAUAUUUAUAGAGCUUGGAAUGUAUCAUAUGGUAAAAUAGAUAGUGCGGGUCAUUUAGGUGGUGCAGCUUUUGGAUUGUUAUAUUAUUUCGCUAAAAUCAAACCUAGAGUUAGAAAAUAUACAAAGCUUUGGAGAGGGAGGUUAUAA